GCUAGGCUGGUCUGGAACUCUUGGCCUCAAGGGAUCCUCUCACCUCAGUUUCCCAAAGUGCUGAGAUUACCGGUGAGAGCCAAGUCGCCCAGCCAGGGUUCAAGAUUUGAGAGGUAAGGAAGUUCUGGGUGACAGUAGAGGUUGGGAGGGACCAUGGAGAGAGCCAAAGGGAGGCCCCAUGUGGUCAAGGGGGUGAGCAGGUGGCAUGCCUCUAGGACCCGCUGUGGGGAGCCCCAGCUGCAUGGGCUGCCGGGGAGUGAGCUGCCACCACUGGGGGGUGCUGCAGGGGAAACCUGUCUGGACUACAGCCCCAGUUCCCUGUCGGUCUCCAGUGGCCCGUGGGGCUGCUCCCUCAGCAGAUGUUGGUAUUUCCCUGGAGCACUUGUUCCCACGUGGCCUGGUGGGCAGUGCCCAGGCAGGCCAAGGAGGCAGAGAGCAGGAAGGGGAAGCCCCCCUUGGUUUCUAUCUCACACCAGGGACCCGGCAGGGAAACCCCACAGGUCCUAAAAAGAAAGUGGCAGCAGUUGUUCUCGGGGAAGACCAAGAAACCCCAUCCUCUCCCUGAAGAUGGGAAAUCCAGGGCGGGGCUGAGGGUGGGGCUGUGCUGGAAGGGAGAUCUGUGGUCCAUGCGGCCCAGCCCUGACCAUGGCUUCUACAGAGCAGAAACACCAAGAUUAUUCUUGGGCCUGGCUGAGCGCUGAUCCUGACCUCACUCAACCUGAGCCUGGCCACAAGCUGAGCCCCGAUCCUGGUCAUUGACUGAGCUCUCAUCCCAGCCCAGGCCUGGACCCCCUACUGAGUCCCAGUCCCAGUCAGCACCUUGGCCAAAGACCAAGCUCUAGACCCAACCCUACAGGCCACAAGCAAAGCCCCAGGUCACCGAUAGCUGUGACCCUAAAUACAGACACAGCCAGGAUAUUGGCCGGGGACUAGUCCGUGAGUUCAGCUGUACACUGAGUCCCUGAUCCUGAUUAUAGACUGAACUCAAAUCCUAUAUCUGACUCUGGUUAAAGAUGGAGACAGAGCCCUUGACCCUGGAAAAAGCCCUAACCCUGGUCCCAGAUAUGGCCUCGUACCUAAUUUUAUCCAGCCCUGAUCCUAGUUACAAACUGAGCUCCAAUCCCACCAUCACACUGAGCCUCUUCCUGGCCCCAAGCAAGGGUGCAUCCCAGCCACCCAUUAAGCACUGACUCUCUUUGCGCCACCUUCCUCAGCCAUCUGGUAAACCAUAAGGGAGUCAGAUGACUCAAACCCCCGAGUCCCCUCGGGUGGGCAAUCCCCUUACCUGGCCAUCCAUCUUUGGAAGGACAGUAGACCCUAGGAUGGUGGUGGCAGAGCCGAGAAUCAGGAGGGGAUUUGGGACUCUGGGAUCAACCAGUGAAUAGGGCUGGAUGGCUCACCCAAGCAUGGGGCACUGAGGGCAGAGCUGGCCGUGGGAGCUUAGCAGUGAGUCUGGAGCUUGGGUGUCCUGAAACCCCAGCUUCCCGUCACCCCCCAUCAUACCUCCCACCCCCUCCGGGAAGGGAAAUUACAUUUCCCCAUUUUAGCAAGGGGUGGCGAGAGGGAAGAGUGAGUGAACACAAAGCUGAAAGUACAAGCAGGACGGAAAGUGAAACCGGGCACAGCCCCCAGUAUAAGACCCCCCCUACCCAGGAGAUGGCUGACCAAAGAGGCCGGGCCCCGCCAUGGGCCAGACGGCAGGCAACCUUGGCUGGCGGCUCAGCCUGUUGCUGCUUCCCUUGCUCCUGGUUCAAGCUGGUGUCUGGGGAUUCCCAAGGCCCCCAGGGAGGCCCCAACUGAGCGUGCAGAAGCUGCAGAGGGAGUUCACGGUCAGCCUGCAUCUCGCCAGGAAGCUGCUCUCCGAGGUUCGGGGCCAGGCCCACCGCUUUGCGGAAUCUCACCUGCCAGGAGUGAACCUGGACCUCCUGCCCCUGGGAGAGCAGUUCCCUGAUGUUUCCCUGACCUUCCAGACCUGGCGCCGCCUCUCUGACCUGGAGCGUCUCUGCUUCCUCUCCACCACGCUUCAGCCCUUCCGUGCCCUGCUGGGAGGGCUGGGGACCCAGGGCCGCUGGACCAACACGGAGAGGAUGCAGCUGUGGGCCAUGAGGCUGGACCUCCGCGAUCUGCAGCGGCACCUGCGCUUCCAGGUGCUGGCUGCAGGAUUCCACCUCCCAGAGGAGGAGGAGGAGGAAGAGGAAGAGGAAGAGGAGGAGGAGGAGGAGGAGAGAAAGGGGCUGCUCCCAGGGGCACUGGGCAAUGCCUCACAGGGGCCGGCGCAGGUGUCCUGGCCCCAACUCCUCUCCACCUACCGCCUGCUGCACUCCUUGGAGCUCGUCUUAUCUCGGGCCGUGCGGGACUUGCUGCUGCUGUCCAAAGCCGGGCACUCAGUCUGGCCCUUGGGGUUCCCAACAUUGGGCCCCCAGCCCUGAUUGGGUGGCUUCUUAGCCCCCUGCCCUUCACCCUUUAGUACUUUAGGACUGGCGUCUUGGCAUCAGGGCAGCCUCCGCGUCAUCAGCGUUGGACAAGGGAGGGCUUUUCCAGCCCCCUGCCCCAGGCCCUACCCAGUAACUGAAAGCCCCUCUGGUCCUUGCCAGCUAUUUAUUUCUUGGAUAUUUAUUUAUUGUUAGAGAGAUGAUGGUUUAUUUAUUGUCUCGGAGCCUGCUGGUCCUCCUUGGGCCGAGCCCCCAUGCUGGGUGCCCAAUAAAGCACUCUCAUCCA